AUGAACACAGCAGCGCAAGCGCUCGAGGUCGCCCACAAUGUUUAUGCGAGAGCGAACGAAACAUCUUCGACCGAUGCAACGACACAAGAAAGGCCCCCGAUAUACAAGGUGAUCGGUAUAUCUCUGGCCAUCGCAUCGGGUUUGUUCAUCGGCACGUCUUUUGUUCUGAAGAAGGUUGGGUUGCUGAAAGCCAACGACAAAUAUAACGAGGUCGCGGGCGAGGGUUAUGGCUAUUUCAAGAACGUCUACUGGUGGUCGGGCAUGAUAUUGAUGAUCAUAGGCGAGAUCUGUAACUUCGUCGCCUAUGCCUUUACCGACGCCAUUCUCGUCACUCCCCUAGGUGCCCUGUCUGUAGUUAUUACCACAGUACUGUCGGCUAUCUUUCUCAAGGAGAGAUUGAGCAUGGUCGGCAAGGUCUCCUGCUUUCUCUGUAUCGUCGGGUCGGUUGUGAUUGUCAUGAACGCACCCGAAGAAUCUUCCGUGGCCAACAUCCAGGAAAUGCAGAAAUUUGUCAUUGCCCCUGGCUUUCUGAGUUAUACGGGCGUCAUCCUUAUAGGCUCCGCCAUAACGGCCUACUAUGCUGGGCCGCGCUGGGGAAAGAAGAACAUGCUUGUCUACAUUUCCAUUUGCAGCUGGAUCGGAGGACUCAGCGUUGUCGCCACCCAAGGCCUCGGCUCGGCCAUUGUUGCGCAGGUCCAAGGCACAUCCGGAAACCAGUUCAAGCAAUGGUUCCUCUAUGUCUUGUUCGUCUUUGUCAUUGGGACUUUGCUCACGGAAAUCAUCUUCCUGAAUAAAGCGUUGAAUCUGUUCAAUGCUGCCAUGGUCACGCCUACAUAUUACGUUUACUUCACGAGUACCACCAUCGUCACCUCGGCUGUACUUUUCCAGGGCUUCAAGGGCACAGCGAGCUCUAUCAUCACGGUUGUCAUGGGAUUCCUUACCAUCUGUUCUGGGGUCGUUUUGCUGCAGCUGUCCAAGUCGGCCAAGGACGUUCCUGAUGUUGCCGUCUUCAAGGGGGAUUUGGACCAGAUUCAAACUAUCGCUGAGCAGGAACAGCCCGAGACGGAACCCAAGGCCGACGCCAUCCGCGGUACCGCAGCGAUUGUCCGAAGAAUAUCUCUUGCCAGGCAGAAGAUGGAAGCGGAAGAACUGAAACGAUUGCAUGAGGAGAAAGAGAGGGAACGGCUCGCAACUGUCAGUGAAGAUGGCACUGAACAGUACGAAUGGGAUGGGCUCAGGAGGAGGAGGACCACCUUGCUGCGCAACAGUCAGCGAAGCCGGGCGAUGACUUCGCCAAACCCGUUUAACGAGCCCGAGCGAACCCCUCACCCGCCCCUGGGCAUGUCUCAUUGGCCGGAUGAGGAGGAGCAAGAGGAGGAUGAGACGACAAGGCAGAGAUCACCAGGCCUGUUGUCGAGCAUUGCGGGUACGAUCCGCAGCCGAACCAGGAGCGUGAUUCUUCCCGGGCAUCCUGAUUUCCGCGAUGAGCACGAUCAACACGAUCCGAAGGCGCGAAGCCCCAUGCACCCUGUCCAACUGACGGACAUCGCCAUCCCCUCGCAAACUAAACUCGGCGGUGAGGCCAGCCCCUACGGGGCCGAGCACGUCUAUGGCUUACCGGACGCUCUGCGACACCAAAAGACCGAAUAUGGCGGCGCAGCUUCCAUUGCGCUGGGGGCCGCGAGCAUUGCGUCUGGCAGCACGGGUCGACGGAUACAGUUUGGCGAAUUGUACACGGGAAAUGCUAGUAGCACUUCUCUCUCGGUGCCACCGACACCUCCACCACACAAGGAGGGUCAGUCAGCCCGAAGGCAGUUCUCGUUCCAAAAUGUAUUCCGUCGGCACCAAGCUGACACGCCACAGGAUCUCCACCAGCCAGGGUCGUUGAAACCGUCCAGCCGCGGCGGGAUGGGCAGCCGCGGGUACGCGAGCCCACAGGUGAAGAAUGCGACCGAGGAGGAAAGACUCGGGCUGGUUAAGGGCGAUUCAAAUUCGAUGCCGGUGCCUCCGCCAUACGGUGGCGGUGCGUACCUGGACGACGAAGAAGACGCAACUUUAUACUUGGACGAUAAGCGGGCGUCGCGGUAUGGUCGAGGUAUAACUGGAAGUCCGCCGAGACAAGGAAGCGUUGACAGCAACGGCAGCUAUGGGAGCCCCGACAGAAAGGCCGAGGCAGCCGAAUACGAGGCGAGCCGAAGGCGUUGGGAUCAUAGCCGGUCCCAAUCACGGGAAACGGCGCCAAAAUCGUCGCCACCACGGCCGGCACCUGGGCGGAGAACGCCGCCCGAAGGCCCCAACGGGUCGUUUAUGUGA